AGUAUGAGGCUGGGAAAAGUAUGAGCGCCAACGCCUGCUUGACCGGCCUCGAAAUUUUGAAGGUUAAGUUGGAGAAGGAUCACUCCGACCUUACUUGGGACUUCACCAAGAUGGCCGAGUAUGUGAUCGGAGAGUUGGAUACCCCCCGUGAAGCGGGGAGGGCGCCCGAGCCUCCUACUGCCGAUGCGCCUCCAAGCGAUUCUGCUCCUACGUCGCCUUUCCCGAAGGCGCCUAAUGCUGGAUAUGCCAACUCAGGAGCUGAGUAAAGAAUGGGCGUCAACUAAGUAGGAUCCUGUUUUUUUUGUUUUGUUUUGUUUGAAUAUCUAUAAAGACGUUUCCGUUGG